AAAGCUUCACCAAACCCCAAUAUUUGAGUCAAAAAAAAAUCAAACCCCUAUAUAUAUAGUGCCCUUGGUAUUCGGUAUCGAUAUCCAAUCCGUGACCAUUCAAAAAAUAUGAAAUAUCCAAACUAUUAUUUGAGCUUCUUGUUAACUUUAUGUCUAUCAUGUCCUCAUUCUCUUUUGCUUGCUCAAAAUUUUCCUUACAAAGCUGUGAAUCUUGGAAACUGGCUUGUGAGUGAGGGAUGGAUGUUACCUUCUCUUUUUGAAGGAAUUAUCAACAAAGAUCUCUUGGAUGGAACUCAAGUACAACUACAGUCCACAAAGUUUCAGAAAUAUCUUAGUGCUGAAGGUGGGGGAGGAAAUAUUAUUGUAGCCAAUCGUAGCUCAGCUUCUGGUUGGGAAACAUUCAGGCUAUGGAGGGUGGAUGAGUCAUCAUUCAAUUUUAGAGUGUUUAACAAGGAUUUUGUGGGGAUAGAUAAUCAAGGAGGAGGAAACAACAUUGUAGCAAUUGCAAAUUCACCUAGCAACCAAGAAACAUUUCAGAUAAUUAGGAACAAUGAAGAUCCCCUCAAAAUUCGAAUCAAAGCAUCAAAUGGUCUAUUUUUGCAGGCUAAAACAGAGACAUUAGUGACAGCAGAUUAUCAAGGGACAAGCUGGGAAGAAAGUGACCCAUCAGUCUUUAAUAUGAAUAUUGUAAGAACUUUACAAGGAGAGUAUCAACUUACCAAUGGUUAUGGCCCAGAUAAAGCUCCUCAAGUUUUAAGGGAUCAUUGGAGUUCAUACAUAACUGAAGAUGAUUUCAAAUUCAUGUCACAAAAUGGGUUAAAUGCAGUUAGAAUACCAAUUGGAUGGUGGAUGGCCCAAGAUCCAAACCCACCUAAGCCUUUUGUUGGAGGUUCAUCGGAAGCACUAGACAAUGCUUUCACAUGGGCACAAAAUCAUAAUAUGAAAGUGAUUGUGGACUUGCAUGCUGUUGAAGGUUCUCAAAAUGGUAAUGAUCAUAGUGGGGCAAGAGAUGGAUAUGUAGAAUGGGGUGAUUCAUUCAUACGUCAAACAGUCUCUGUCAUAGAGUUCAUAGCAAAAAGAUAUGGAAAUAGACCAAGUUUAGGAGGAAUUGAGCUGAUGAAUGAGCCACAAGGUGUCAAUCUUGAUAGUCUCAAGAAAUAUUACAAGGAAGCUUAUAAUGUUGUGAGGAAAUACAAUCCAAAUGCUUAUGUGAUUAUGUCAAAUCCAUUGGAUGCAGAUUCCAAAGUUCUUCUCUCAUUUGUUAGUGGAUUUGACAAAAUAGUCCUUGAUGUGCAUUACUACAAUCUUUUUUCGGAUACAUUUAAUGGCAUGAGUGUUCAACAAAAUAUUGACUACAUAACAAGUGAAAGAGCCCCAGAUCUUAGUGGUGUCUCUUCAACAAAUGCUCUUAGUUUUGUAGGGGAAUGGACUGGUGAGUGGAGCAUACAAGGUGCAUCCAUGCAAGACUACCAAAGAUAUGCCCAAGCACAAUUGGAUGUGUAUUCUCGUGCAACAUUUGGAUGGGCUUAUUGGGCCUACAAAUGUAGGAAUAACCAUUGGAGCCUUAAGUGGAUGAUUGAGAAUGGUUACAUAAAGCUCUAGAUGUAGGGUGUUACUUUCAUCACCACUAAGUUAUAAUAAAUGUAUACUUUUUGUUAGGAAACAUGAUAUCAAUGGAAAAGAGAUAAAAUAUAUGAAAUUUGGAUUGACAAAAUGAGAAAAUAUGAGAUGAGGAAGUGAAUACAAAUGAACCACAUUUAUGACUUAUAUACUAA